CUCCGGAAGAGUAGGUGGCGGUAAUGCUCCUGUACAAUGGUUGCCAACCGCCGUAAAACAACAAAAAGAAGAAGAAGAAGAAGAAGAAGAAGAAGUAAUUACCAACACCAAGGAAGUCAUGUCAACGCAGCACGGUUUUACGUACAUAGAUUUUACGCACGACGUGUCCUCAGUUUAUCCGAAUUCCCCUUUUAUUUACUUUUAAAAACAAGUCUGCUCUAUAUAAUGUCACAAUGCAUCGGCUAAACGGUAAACACGUUAUUGGACACAUAUUACUCACAGUGUGGCGUUGAUUCCGUGGCUAUGUCGUAUCUGGACUGGGCAGAGAGUCAGCUGGCGGAGAUCGAGCUUCUGUCCAGCAUGUUCUCCACACGGGAGGAGCUGGAAUUCUCAGAUCCUUUCGCACUCGCCCUGCUCCGGAGCUACGUGGAGGGCACCGCGUCUAAAGAUGUGCCCCCAACGUCCAGACCGCAUUUCCUAAUCAAGCAGAAGAUACAACCUGCUGGAAUGAACGAGAUUGAUGUAAUUGUGUCCUGUACCUAUCCUUCUGAAUAUCCCAGUGUGCUGCCAGAGAUUACAGUCAGAUGCUUGGAGGUAAACCGGUCCCAGCAGAGCCAGCUCCACUUGGACCUUAGUGCUCACCUAAGUGAAACCUGCCUGGGGGAAGUGUGUGUGCUCUCGGCCGUGGACUGGCUCAAGGACCAUCUCCAUCUCUACACCAGCGCGUCGUCUACACCUGCCCCCAACCAAAGAGCCCCACCCCCUGCGCAGAACCCGGAGGUCUUCACCCGUCUCUGGAUCUACAGCCACCACAUCUACAACAAGGUCAAGAGGAAGAGCAUCAUGGAGUGGUCCAAGGAGUUGGGUCUGACUGGGUUCAGCAUGCCAGGCAAGCCUGGAGUGGUGUGCGUGGAGGGGUCACGAGCUGCCUGUGAGAACUUCUGGGCCAGAGUGAAGGUGCUGACGUGGAAGAAGAUCAUGAUUCGUCACAGAGAGGACAUCCCACUCAUAGCACAGGAGAAGGACAAUAGACCUGCCCGGACUCUGGACUCUCUGAGGAAGUUCAGCCAUUUUGAGGAAGCCAUGUUUGACCCUCAUGGUAACCGUGGCAACCACAUGGACCUGGGACAGCUGUAUCAGUUCCUCAAUGAAAAGGGACUGAGUGAUGUCUUUCAGUUGUAUUUUGGAAUUGAGGGAAGGUAAACUUUUCAAUAUGAAUAUGUAUGAAAACAGGUAAAAGCAAUGACCUAUUUUGUGCCUUAAUAAGUGUGCAAUUUAUUUUUGAACAGCUCAAAAUCAAAGGAGGAUGUUGUUUUAAUGGAGGACAUGCUGCUUUGCUUUAGCCAAGGGGGUAUCCCAUAAUUCUUUGCAAUGUGUAUAAUCUAUUUUUAACAAAUGUGAAAAGCACUAUUAAAUAACCAGAAAGUGUAUAUAUCAAGGUAUAUGUAUUCACCAGGCAAUAGCUUUUUUAUUCAACACAAAGAGUUCAGAUGGAUGCGAUUGACUGGCAGAUUAACCAAUCAGAAAAAUGCAUGGUCAAUUUGUGUGAAACUAAAAAGGAAAGAAAAUAUAAAAACACAAAGAACUUGGAAACACUGUGGACCUCUGCGUUUGAGUGAAGCACUAAACACUGAGGUAAGGGAAGUUUGUUUUUGUGCGAGGGAUUGGUAACCAGACUGACAUCCUCUGUUUAUAGAAUAUUAUACAAAAAAACACCAGUGUGGAUGGCGGGCUACUGAAAUACAGCUAUUUUAAUACAUAAUCAGAUUGGAAAUGUUGUUGGCUACAGAGGACAAUACCAGAA